UAAUGAAAUACACUUAUGGUUAGAGAUGCUGAUUUUGCUAUGAGGCAAAUAAACAAAUUUUUGAUCUCCAGAUUCUUGAUUUCAACAUAUCGACGAUGCAACAUGUUGAAUAAUUAGCCAUGUAUUUUUUUUUCUAUCAACAUGAUGUUGUAAGAUACGAGCUGUAUGGCUAAUGAAUCUGAUUGUUCUUAUGGACGCUGCUUAAUGUGAUCGCAGUUAAUGCUAUUGUGGUGAAGCCUAUCUGUUCGCACGCGUGGUUACCAUUGAGCUUGCACCAGCAAUUCAGCCGCGAGGCCAAACUGAAGUGUAACGAAUUCGUUUUAUACCAAUACGAUUGAACUGUGGAAAAAGAACUGCUAAUAAACUAACUGCUGAGAAGGAAGAUUACAGGAAUUAUUCUCAUCCACACAACCGUUCAUCUUCCCAUCUUAGGGAGUGAAAUGUAUGUUGGUACCAUAGAAAAUUUCAGGAGAUGGCCAGGAAAUGCAUUCCUGCUUGCAAUUUUUCAAAAAAUUCAUCCAGAGAGGAAUAAAAGUGACCACCUUCUCGCUGCCUUAUGUUUCGCGUUGCUUAUUUAUCAAGGACAGAUUCUAAAAUAUUUCUUUUCUCAUCUAUACAGUAUCUGAUGUUAGUGUACUCCCUGCAUCAAUUGCCGAGUAAAAGAGGGAAUAGUAUACAGCAACUGUCGGCCGCGAAUACAUCUAUCAAUGUAUAUGUAAUAAUGAAAAUAUAUUGAAACUGCUUAAUAAAGAAAACACCAUGAAGCCUGAGAAAGUUAAAUCCAGGUGGCGUAGAAAUAGUGAAAUGGAAAUUGGAGAAAAGUCUGCUCUCAGUCUUAAAAAUUUUGAGAAAGAAGAGAAUAAUUCAGAUGUCAGCAGUAGUGUUUCAUUAAUAACUGAAUCAAAAGAGGAAAUUGUGCAUAGUGUUUCAGAUGAAAUUAAUUCCAUUGCAGAAAAUACAGAGAGCAUACCUUUAUAUGUUGAAUUAGAAGAGAAUUUAUAUCUUUUUGAAAGAAAACGAACGAAAAGGAAAAAAGAAGUAAGGCGAAUGCUUUGUGAAUGCACUUUAACUAAAGAAGAACGUGAAAAAGGUGUGACUGGUUGUGGCGAUGAAUGUCUCAAUCGAUUACUUAUGAUAGAAUGUGGAUCUCGUUGUCCUACAGGAGAUGCAUGUUCCAACAAGCGCUUUCAAAAGAGACUUUAUGCUAAAGUUCAACCAUUUAAAACUGAGAAGAAAGGCUGGGGAUUAAAACUUCUAGAAAAUGUUCCUAGGGGAAAUUUUGUCAUUGAGUAUGUUGGAGAAAUUCUGAGUCGGCAUGACUUCAAGCAACGUGUUAAACAAUAUGCUCGCGAAAAAUCUAAUCAUUAUUAUUUCAUGGCUUUAAAAACAGACGAAAUUAUCGAUGCAACAAAUAAAGGAAAUUUAUCUCGAUUUAUGAAUCAUAGUUGUGAUCCUAAUUGUGAAACUCAAAAAUGGACUGUGAAUGGAGAGUUACGUAUUGGUUUCUUUGCGAAGAGGGAUUUAAAAGCUGGUGAAGAAUUGACAUUUGACUAUCAGUUUCAACGUUAUGGGCGGGAAGCUCAGAAAUGCUAUUGUGAAAGUGAGUUGUGCAGUGGAUACAUUGGUGUCUCGAAUGAGAUAUCUUUGGAUGUCACAAAUAAGACUAUUAAUAAACGAAAAAAAGGACCAGAAGUAAAGAAAAGAGAAGUUUUGGAAGAUUUAAUAUUGGAAGAAGAAAUUGAAAAACUUUGUGAAAACAGUGGACUUCGUAAUAAAGCUGAAAUAUUAAUACUUGCAAGGUUAAUGGUGCGUGCUGAAGACUUUCAUUCUCGUAACAAGCUACUUGAUGUAAUUUUGGCAACAUCUGAUAUUGGGUAUCUUAGAAUAUUUGUAGAUUACCAUGGCCUAUCUCUGCUGUGGUCCUGGAUGGUGGAUUUAAUGGACUCUGGAUUGAAAUUAAAGAUUUUGCAAGUUUUGUCCAUUUUACCAGUGCCAAAUAAAACUAUGCUCCUGGAAAGUAAAGUCUACAAUAUAGUUGAAAGAUGGGCUUCAGAUAUUCAUGCAAAUGAACUACAUGGAGAUUUACAAAAUUCUACUGAGAUUUCUAGUGAAGAGAAUUAUACUUCUGUUGCAAAGAAAUUAAAAACUAGUGACACAUCUGACAGUGAAACGGAUGCGGUGAUAUUUCAAGCAUCAGAAUCUGUAUAUGGUGCAAGGACUUUAAUUCGGGAUGAAAAGAUUAAUAUGGAUUGUGGUAUUAGUUCUGAUAUGUCUCAGUACAUAGAAGAAGGGAGCGUAAAUAGCAUCAUUAAUUCUGAUAAUGAGGAAAGCUCUGCUAUCAAUGGCAAUACAACUGCUGAUGUGAUUUUGCGGUCAGAUGAAGAAAGUAGUGAUACUGCAGAUAUGAAUAAGAUGAAUAAUUCAGAAAUAGUAAAUUUUGCUCAUAAUUUGCUUUCUUCGUGGAAAGAUUUGAAGGAAGAUUUUCGCAUACCUCGCCGUGAACAUCAGAAACAAAAAUGUAAAACGUAUGCCAAUUUUUAUCAUAGAAGAGAAAAUGACAUAUGUAAACAGUGUGGUAUCCGUGGUUCAACUUGCUGCAAACACAAACUUCAAGUUGCCAAAGAUUUUAAUCGUUUCUCUAAAGAUAAAAAUAAAGAGAGUUUUUCUCAGGAUCAAGAAAAGAGUUGGGAGCAACAAAAUAGUGAUGUGGAGGAAAAACCUAGAAAGGUUCUUCUUCCCACUCCUAUUUUGUUAACCAAGGAAGAAAGGCGACUUAGAUUUGAAAAGGAAGUUUUGGAAAAUGACCAAAGAAAAGCUCUGCGCAAGCAGCAAGAGCAUAUUGAAUCAACAACCAUCAUUAAUGGCUGUACAAAUAGUGCUCUUUCUAGUACAAAUAAUGAUUAUUCCUUCAGUUCAAAUGAUGGAAACUAUUUUAAUUCAAAAUCUGAAAGUUAUGCUUACAGUACUUCUGAAAGCAGUGUUCCUCCUUUUGAACAGCAAUAUUAUAACCCUAAGGAGCUUCAGUCCAUUCGCCCAGCUUUAUUGCCUACACCAGGAACUAUAAAUAAUACAUUAAAUAAUACACCACUGCCAAGUAUUGAAAAUGGAGUUUCCAUGUAUUCCGCAAAUAUAUAUCAUUCAUCACAUGCACAGAUACCUGUUCUUGGAUCACUGCCACCUGUGACUCAACAAUCAAAUAACUUAAAUUCUUGUCAAAAUAAUAAUGUGCCUCCAUCUUCAAAUUUGAUUGUUGUUGCAAACAUGAAUUCCUCACCUGCAGUGCCUACUGUACCAGCUGUUAAAACAGAACCAACUGUACCAACUAUAAAUCCUAUUUUACAAUCAUCAUUAUUUCCUCCUGUUCCAAAUUCAGGUUGUGUUCCUGGUCCUAAUGGUUUUCCCACAUCUUCUUUGUUUCCUUCAUAUAUGGCAAAUCCAAAUCCAUAUGUUGUCAACCAGAAUGGUGGUUAUUAUCCACAGCAACAAAUUACUGCGCUUUCAGAACAGAUUCCAGUCCAGCCCUCAUAUACAUACACACAUACAAAUGGAGAAUCAAGUGUUAAACCAGUUCCCUCUAAACUCCCUCCAAACUGGAAAACUGCUACAGAUUCUGAAGGAAAUAUUUAUUAUUAUCAUAUUUUAACCCGGCAGACACAAUGGGAUCCACCAAUUUGUGAUGAAACUACAGAAAUUGUAGAUGGUGAUACUCCAACAUAUGAUGAACCUCUACACAAAGAACAUAAGCGUAUUGAAACACAUUCACGUAGAUCACAUAAAAAGCAUUCAAAAAAGAAAAGCACUACAACUGCCGCAGCAGAUACAAGCAGUAAUCAUGUCAAUUUAGAAAUCGCAAAGAAGAUCAAAGAGCUUUUUAGAACUAAAAUGUCUACCUUUGUAGUUCAAUGUUUAAAUCCGUAUCACAGAGAUGACUGUAGAGUUGGAAAGAUCAUGAGCAAUGAAGAUUUCAAAUAUUUAGCCCGAAAGCUUACACAUUUUGUGAUGGCGAAAGAAUUGAAACAUUGUAAAUGUGUUGAAGAUUUAGAAUGCAAUGAAAAUGUGAAGCACAAAGCACGAGAUUUUAUUCAUAAAUAUAUGUCCAAAUAUGGACCUAUAUACAAGAAAGGAAAAUUUGAUUCUCCUAUUGUUUACUGAACCAUGAAUGUGUAAAUAUAUUACAGCUAACCAUACAUCUGCCUUCAUCUUUGUUUUUUCAUAUGGUGUUUGUCAUGUGUUAAGAAAUGUGAUUUUCAUUUUGUAAAUAGGAAAUUCAUGUGCUUAAAUGAAUUGAAUUGAAUGAAUGUGGUGCCAAGUGUGCAUGUAGUGAUUUAAGCUAGCAAUAAAAUGUAGAUAUUUUGAUUAUUGAUGAACAAAGUUAUGAAAAUAAAUUUAAAAUGCGUUUUUAAACAUUUAUUUAGUAAUGAAUUUAAUUAUUUUCUUUUAAUAGACUAUAAAACUGCUCAAGUUAGUUUUAAUUUCAAGGUUUUGUGCCUUAGUAUGUGCUUAAAAUACAUACAACUGCCAAUAGUACAAUAAACUCUCAUGUUAAUAAAGAGAACUAAAAUAAAAUUAAGAUUUUUGUAUUGAUUACUAUAAUGUUGUAACAUUCCAAUCCAGCUUGUUCCAUACAUUUCAGAAUUUGCCUUCAGUUAACAGAUGUUUUGUUAAAUUUCUUAUUGAGCAGAGCUAAAUGAAUGCUUUGGAUAAGAAUUAAUUUUUUUUUUUUUUUAAAUCUACAUCCAGAUUAUGUUAUCCUGUUGCCGACUCGUUUUGCAGAAAAUGCUGUUGGACAAUUAUGUUAUUCAGAUAAAUCAUUCAUAUUUACUCAAUUGUUGUAAUGUUGUGUUAAUGUUUAUAAUAAUAGUAAAAAAAAAUUGGAAAAAACGUGCAAAAAACUUCUAAUCUUUAAUGUAAAACCUAAUGUAGUACUGUAAAAUGCUCAUAGUUUGAGCAUUAGCAUUACAUACAAAAAGUCAAUAAGCAUUUUAGUUCUUAUGAAGUGUAUUUUUCCUUCAUUAUUUAAAAAUUAACUAGUAAGCAUAAUUGAGAUGAUUUUAUAUUAUAACUAAACUAUCAAUUAUUACCAAUAAGUGCAACGUUUUAAAAGUUGCUUUAUUUGAGUUGAUAAUUGUUCUCUGUAGUCGCCGUUCUUUUCAAAUCUGUCUUUUUAUUUCAAUGUAUGUUAAAUAUGACUGUUAAAAUAUGCUUCCUUGUGCAAUUUAUUCAUUUGAGAGUUUAUUUUGAAAAAUGUGUUGUUUACUAAGCUUUGUUAGUAGAAGUUUUAUAUGGAAUAUAAAAAUUCAUUGAUUUGAAUGACAAAAAUAUUGAUAUUAUGUUUUAUCUAUAUUUAGUGUACACUUCAAAUGUAUUUUGAUUCCCAUUCAUUCUUUUCACUCUUCGGUUCAUUUAAUUUUAUGGGAUUUUCAAUGAAUAUUGCCUAGAAAAUGUUGGCAUACUUAAUUUUUUAUUAUUUAAUUCUACUGUGUAUUAUAUACAUGUGAUGACUGGCUACAGAUUAUGCCUGGAAUUGAGUGUUUGAAUUGCUAUCUUAUCGAAUGAUUGUUGUAUAUUUUUAAAACGAUGCAAUUUUUAUGUAUUUGAAAUGUUUUUAUUCGUGAAUGAAUUUUUAGUUAUUGCUAGCAUUUGUGCAUUUUUGAAAAGGUUUUUCUUAGUUAUUUGGAAAUUAAUUUAAUUUCAUUUAUGGUUAUUUUAAAAAUGACAAAAAAAAAAAAAAGUUUUGUCAGAUAACCUUGCUGUUGUGCAUAGACAGGGUAUUUAAAUACGGAAUUCAUGCUAUUUUUUGUGUAUUGUUUGUUAAACAAUGUUUUGUCUUUGUUAACUUUAUGUAAUCAAGUUAAAAGAAUUAUUUAUUAUAUUAUAGAGAUAAUUUAUAUAUUUGACGGUUUUAAUGCCCACAGCAUUGGGUGUCAUUUUACAAAUUGUGAUCUUAUUAUUUAUUGUCUUUUAUUUAAGUGCACUUGAAAUUUUCUAUGACAUUUCUACAAUUCUAAAAAAAUAUCCAAUGAAAUAUUGAUUUCAGUGCAGUUUCUCUUCAGUCAUUUGAAACUUUGAUGUUAUAUGUAUCGUAAAUCUGUUAAUUGUCAGAUUUCAUUAGAUAUAAACAUAUAUCGGAUACUGUUUAAACCACAGUCAUUUUAAAAUCUCUCGCUAUUCUUUUGUGGUGCAGCAAUGUAUAAUUAUUUCUAAUUAGUGUAUUUUUAUUGAUCAAAUAUUUAACCAUUAUUUUAUUUACAAUAUAUUAUCAAAGUACAUAAAUCUUAAAAUUAUCUCUGUUUAGAACUGAUAAUUUAAAACAACUCAACCACUUCUAUUUUCAUGUAACUGUUAAAAAAACUGUUGAUUGUUUCAUAAGUUCAUUAUGGUAUUUCGUUCAAUUACAUCAGUAAGAAACUCUAGUAUCAUCUUAUUUCUUUUAGUUAUUUUUAACUCGUAUAAAAAUUAAAAAUAUAUAACCUUAUAAUGUUGUAAGUGGUAAAAACACGUUUAAAAUAGAUACCAAUUACUUAGAGGUGCCUUCUAUCCAGCUACGCAAUUUUAAUGUGGUACAUUAGUAUUUAAAUGUAUCCCAAUAUUUUUCAUUUGAAAUUAAUGUUUGAUCAAAUUGUUUAUGCUAUUAAUUCUCAUCUGUUAUUGCUUAGGCGAAUUAGCUUAAUGUUAGCAAAAUGUUUUAUAUUCAGAGAUAUAUUUUUCUCCCAAUGUCUGCAACUCCUUUUGCUCAACUUCCUUUCAGACUAGUGUUAUUGCUGUUAAAUUUCAAAAUAGUUAAAAGUAUUAUUUAAAAAAAAGUUACUCUUUAAAAAGUUAAGACGUGCAAUUUUCAUUAGAAACCUUUAUAUCAUGCUUCUCAUUUAUAGUGUUCAAUCAUAACAAGUUAAUUCAUAUGCAAUAAAGUUAUUUUUUAUUUUUACUAACUGUUUAUUAAUUCUCUGUAUGAAUCUGGCCGAUAUAUAUUUAAUAUCAAAAUUCUUCCUUGAUUAUCAAAUUUUUGUAAGUUGCUGAUAAUAGAUAUGUAAAAAUUUAUUUUAAAAGUUUGAAUAUUUUUUAGAACAUGUGUUAAUAUACAUUAUUAUUUUUGUUGUUGUUGUUGUUGUGUUCCAUGUAAAGAAAACUACAUAUAACUAUAUUCCCCCCCCCCCAUUUUUUUUUAUUAAGCUACACGUUACACAUUAAGACUUAAUUGUAUGUAUAUAUGCACACAAACUAUCAUAAAACGUGUUCUAAAUCUCAGGACAUUGUGUAUUCAUUAUGUGUUUUAUAUCACUUAUUUUGCUUCAUGUCUUUGUUAUCUGUAUGUUUGUCUCUCUUACAGAAGUAAUUCAUUUAGUGAAGAAACAUCUAUCUUUCUUGGCAUAUAAGGUCCUUAUGAUUAAAGUCUUCUUGGGGAUCAAGGGUCUGUUUAAGGCUCGAAUUGUAAUAUUUUCAACAAUGUGAUAAAUUAUUUACUAGUCAAACUUUAAGAGAAGACAAAUGAUAAAUGCAAUAUAUCCUUAGUAUAUUUUUAAGAACAAAAUGAAGAUUAUUUUGUUUUGAUAGUCAAUGGUAAAAUGCACAGUAUUAAAUAAUAAAUGUGAUCCAACCUUUUAAUCUUUUUUAAAAACAUGCGUAAGCAAUUUUUGUAAACUGAUUUCAAUUCAGUUUUGUGAACUAUUGUUUGUAAUUUUCAUGACCAGGAACUUCUCAUUCCAUGAAACAUGCCAAAUGCAACAAGCAAAUAUAUAAAUUAAUGGAUUGAUUUUUAACUAGUUAAUGUCAUGAUUUUUAUCAGAUAUAUGUUUUUAAAUAUUUAAGAUGUUAUUUAUUUUAUUUAUUAUCCAUGCCCCCCCUUCCUUUUUUUUUAGAUUUAUUGGGAUGCUUACUUGCAACUAGAGGGGUUUUUUUUUUUUUUUUUU